CACACACACACAGUGGGACAGGGAGGGAGAAAGCAGGCAGAGAGAUUUGGUGGAGGUGAUAGAGAGAGGGAGAGAAAGAGACAAUCAGAGACAGAUAACAGGGUAAGGUCACUGAGAAAGAUACAGCGAGAUAGAGAGUCAUAGAGAAAUAGUAAGAGAGAGAGAGAGAGAGAGAAGCAUUGUGGAUCUAAUAAUCCUGUGAAUCAGCCCAUCCUCGAAGACGAACGUGUUGGUCAGAGGUUCGCCAUGGCAACCAAAAUAGUAACGUACCGUUGCCAGGAGGAGCAGGAGGAGCAGCUGUCUCACAGCAUGGCCCUGUCCUCUCAAAUCAAGAAGAAGAAGUUCAAAUCCAGUGAUGAGGAGGCCUCCCUCUGCGAGUUCUAUCCCAUCAUCCCCGGUGACGUCAUGUCUGUCAAAGAGAUCCUGACGGAGCCCAAAUUCCCGCGCCACCGGACCUGGGAGGUCCUGAGGGAAACCAUGGCUGAUGAUGAACUCCACCAGAGGGACCAGUGGACUCUGUUUGGUAACGAGGCUGAAAAAGUGGAGAUUGAGGUCAUCAGGAACCAGCACGAGGUCCGUAAACGAGUGGACCGCAUGGCACUGCGCAGAGAGGCUCAGAGGAAGGCCUCGGCGCACCUGAAGUUUCUGGAAGACUUGAGCAAGAAGGCACCAGACUUUCCCAUCCCCCUUCGUCCGCACACUGUGUGGGAGGGCAUGGCGGUCAAACUGUCCUGCACUGUUCAGGGCUGCCCAACCCCACGUGUCACCUGGUUUAAAGACGAUGUUCCUCUGAGAGUCUCCUCACAGCCCUGGAACUACAAACUGCUGCAGAAGUUCGGCCUCAACACCCUGGAGAUCAGGAGGUGUAGCGCUGCUGAUGCUGGAGAAUACAAAGUGGUGGCUAAAAGCUCCUUAGGAGAGGCGACCACCUUCGCCACCCUUGUGGUGAACUCAUAUCAGGGAGCUGAGGCGGGCCUGAAAUGCACAAGGACUGCGGUCUCUGUGGAGGCUUUAUUUGACUCCACUUUUUCUCCAUCCUUUGUGAAAGAGGGAGAUACUCUGGUUCUGUGCUGCAGUUUCUCCUCCCCUCUGCUUCCCUUCCAGCAGGACGUGUCCUGGUUCAGAGACGGAGUGCCACUCAGUUCUUCUGGCCGGGUGGAUGUGAGGACAGCGCUGACCUCCACCACUCUAACCCUGAAAGGAGUGCACAAGGAGCACGAGGGUCUUUACUCCAUCCGCCUCCUCACCCGGGAUGGCAUCAAGGAGCACAGCGCCUUCGUCUACAUCAAGGAUGGUCCUGCUGCAGUGGUCGGAGCUCCUGGAUCCCCCCUGGAGGUCGAGUGCUCCGAUGUUAACAGGGAUUACGUGUUCCUCUCCUGGAAGCCGCCCAGCGCGGACGGGGCAGCCCAAGUGCAAGGCUACUUUAUUGAGAGGAGUGAGCUUGGUUCUCUGCAGUGGAUCCGCUGUAAUGAGGUUCCUCAGAAGGUGUGUUAUUAUCCUGUGAUGGGUCUUAAGGAAAACACCAUGUACCAGUUCAGAGUGUGCGCCGUUAACCAGGCCGGCGUGGGACGCCCGUCCAAACCCACACACCCCAUCCUCACCUCCGAUCCCCUGGAGCCCAGCAGGACUAUGGUGGUCAAGGUGGACGCGGGGAGAGAGAUUGUGAUCACCAAGGACCAGCUGGAGAGUCAGAUCCGUGUGCCGUUCCCUCCGACCGAUGUGCAUGUGUGUGAGCUGAGUGACUCCUACGCUGUGAUCAGCUGGACUGAACCGGACCCACGCGGCAAAGAACCGCUCACUUACUUCGUAGAACGGUCCAUUGCCGGUAAGGAGAGUUGGCACCUGGCCAGCAUGGACAUGACGGUCAGAUCUACGAGGUUUGCUGCGUUUGACCUGCAGAAGGGAAAGGCCUACUGCUUCCGCAUUCGGUCCAUCAACAAGUACGGCAUCAGUGACCCCUCGGAGCCCAGCCAGCCCAUCACACUGGGAGAACCGCUCGGGGUGCCCGCUGCCCCCCACAGUGUUCAAGCCAUCCCUGAUACGGAGAGGUCAGUUCUGCUGCUGUGGAAAGAGCCUAAGGACACGGAGGGCAUUCUGGGAUACUAUCUGUACUGCAGCGAGGUGGGGACGUCAGACUGGAGAACCAUCAACAACAAACCAGUCUCUGGAGCCAGGUUCACAGUGCACGGCCUGAAGACGAAUAAGGAGUACGUCUUCCGGGUGAAGUCUGUGGGACGAGCAGGAAACAGUCGUUAUUCCGAGGAAUCUCGGCCAAUUCGAGUCAAAGCUGCUAAAGUGGUUCCAUCUGCUCCCUCUGGUGUAUCUCUGCUCUGUUGCUCUGGCAGUGAGCUGGUGAUUGGUUGGAGAGCCCCUGCCAGUCACGGUGGCGUCCCGGUGCAGGGCUACUACCUGGACCAGCGGGAGAAAUCUCAGAGUGUCUGGAAGGAGGUCAACGUAAAGCCUGUCAGAGAAAGAGUGUACACGGUGUCUGGUCUUCUAGAGGGCCACUAUUACCAGUUCCGUGUCUUUGCAUCCAACAUCAUUGGAAUCAGUAAACCGUCUGGACCCAGCGAGGCUUUUCUCUGUGAGCGGUGGACGAUGCCUGAACCUGGCUGCCCGUAUGACCUGCAGUUGAGAGAGGUGAGGCGCGAGUCUCUGGUCUUGAUGUGGGCGGAGCCUCUGUACCAAGGCCAGUCACAAGUCACUGGGUAUGUGGUGGAAAUCAGUGAGGGGGAGGAGUCAGAGGACUGGACUGCAGUGAGCCAGGAACCAAUCACAGACACCCACUUAAAGAUAUCCAGGCUGCAGGCUGGUCAGACGUACCGCCUACGUGUGUCUGCAGUCAACAAGGCUGGAGUGGGAAGACCCUCUCUACCCACUGAACCAGUCACAGCCCAGACCAGGCCAGGAACCAAAGACAUCGAGAUUGGAGUCGAUAACGAUGGCUUCAUCUUCCUGAGCUUCGAGGCACCUGAGACGGAGGAUGAAGGCCAGAUUAAGUGGAGUAAGAACUACAGAGAGGCUGUGGAUGCGGGAAGAGCUCAUCUGGAGACCAAGCAAAACAAAUCUGUUCUGACCUUCAGCGCUGCCUCGGAGGAGGACCUGGGCCUCUACACUGCAGAGAUGAUGGACAAGCCUGACAUCUCCUCCAGCUUCAAUUUCACCGCUGAAGAUCUGGAGAGGAUGAUGGAGCUGAGCUGGCAGAUCAGAAACCCAUUGAUUGGUCUGCGGUCUGAAGGCUGGCAGGUGGACGUGUCGGAGCAGGGGGCCGUUCGGUUGUGGCUGCAGACCGAGCCUCUGUCCAGCACUGCUGAACUGCGCAUGAUCCUCAAUGACAGAGAGAUAUCCAGCACACCAGCUCGUAAGAUCAGCUUCGACAGGCCGAACGGUCUGGUGGAGAUCGUGUUUGACCAGCUUUCCAAAGAGGACGAGGGCUCAUACACAGCUCAGCUGAAGGACGGCCGGGCCAAAAACCAGUUCACCCUCGUCCUAGUGGACGAGAAGUUCAAGCAAACCCUGGCCAAAUCGCAGGCCAAAAGACGGGACUGGAAGAGGCGGGCAGGGCCCCACUUUGAGGAGUUUUUGUCCUGGACUGUGACGGAGGACUGUGAGAUGAUUAUGAAAUGCAAGGUGACGAAUGUGAGCAAGGACACAAAGCUGAAAUGGUUUAAAGAUGGUAUGGAGAUCACGAAGGCUGUGUUAGAGCCAUCUGGAGUCAGCACUUUUACUGUGCCUCAGGUGACAAAGAAAGAAGCCGGCGUGUACAGGGCUGUGGUUUCUGACAGCAGAGGAGAGGACGAGAGCAUAUUGGAGUUACUGGACACAGAGUUUGACAAGCUGAUGCAGCGGCUGAGCAAACAGUGCGCUCUCUCUGCUGGUCCCCUGGGGAUCCAGUGCACAGCGACGGGCUUCAAACUCUACUGCUCUCUGAAGUACUAUCUGAGCUACAUGAAGACUAGUUGGUACUUCAAAGAGAAGAGGAUCGAUCAGGAGGAGAGGACCAAGCCUGGCAGCAGUAUGCAGAAGGUCUGGAUCGAGAUAUUCAACCCCACUGAAAACGACAAAGGGAAGUAUACCCUGGAGAUGUUCGAUGGCCAGGAGACACAUAAACGCGUUCUGGAUCUGUCUGGACAAGCCUUUGCAGAUGCUCUACUGGAAUACCAGAGGCUGAAACAAGUGGCGAUUGCUGAGAAAAACCGCGCCAGAGUCACCAAGGGGUUACCAGAUGUUGUGGCCAUAAUGGAAGGAAAGUCUCUGUGUCUGACAUGCUUUGCUGAAGGUGACCCCGUGCCGGAGAUGUUCUGGCUGAAGAAUGACCGAGAGAUCUCCUCCGCCGGUCAGUACCACAUCGCCCACGACAAAAACAGCUCCACCAUCACCAUCAACUCCGUCACCAUGGAGGACUCUGGAAACUACAGCGUCUUUGUGAGGAACACGUACGGCUCCCAGACGGUGUACGUGACGAUCAGCGUUUACAAACACGGAGAGAAGCCGCGGGCAGACGCCGUCCACAUGUAACGAGGGGGGGACAGUGAGCGUAUAAGCAGCAGCAGUGAAAAGCUGAGCUGCAUAUGAGUGUUAGCAGAAAUGACUCACAGCCCCAGCCAGGAAUCAUUUACAGUAAAUCACAUUUACACGA